CAGCAGAGGCAUCAUACCUACAGUCCUUCCCCAUCCUCCAUGCCCCCAACAUCUCCAGCUUAGGGAAAUAUCCACUGGCCCCAAAGGGCUCCAGUAAUAGCUGGUUAUCCCCACAAUCCCCAGCAGUUCGUUGGGGCUACAGGACACCAGAAGCAGGAAGCCAGCCGCAGAGCCCUGGCAGGGCUCUCCCAGCUCAGUCCCGCCAUGGACUCUGCAUACGAGAUGGGCCACAUUCGAAAGUUGCAGGUGCAGCACAUGCGAAUGCAGGAGAAGACUUUCACCAACUGGAUCAACAACGUCUUCCAGCACGGCCAGGUGGGCCUCAAGAUCCAGAACCUGUACACAGAGCUGGCAGAUGGCACCCACCUACUGCGGCUGCUGGAGCUCAUCUCAGGGGAAGUUCUGCCACCCCCCAGCCGGGGACGCAUGCGCGUGCACUUCCUGGAGAACUGCAGCCAGGCUCUGGCCUUCCUCAGGGCCAAGGUGCCAAUCCCCCUCAUCGGGCCAGAGAACAUCGUGGAUGGAGACCAGACACUCAUCCUGGGACUCGUCUGGGUCACCAUCCUGCGUUUCCAGAUUUCCCACAUCUCCCUGGACAGGGAGGAGUUUGGGGCCAGCGCAGCCCUGCUGUCUGCCAAGGAAGCUCUGCUGCUCUGGUGCCAGCGGAAGACAGCCUGCUACGCCAAUGUCAACAUCACUGACUUCUCCCACAGCUGGAGUGAUGGGCUCGGCUUCAGUGCCCUCAUGCACGCCCACAGGCCAGACCUGCUUGACUACUACUCCCUGCGUCCCGACCGUCCACUGCACAACCUCAGCGUUGUUUUCCAUGUGGCUGAGCAGGAGCUAGGCAUUGCUCAGCUACUGGACCCCGAGGAUGUGGCAGCCCUACAGCCUGAUGAGCGCUCCAUCAUGACCUACGUCUCCCUCUACUACCACCACUUCUCCCGCCUGCACCAGGGGCACACUGUCCAGAGGAGGCUCGCUAAGAUCCUGCUUCAGCUGCAGAAAACAGAGGAGCUGCAGACCCAGUAUGAGCAGCUGGUGGUCGAUCUGUUAUGGUGGAUUGCAGAGAAGCAGGUGCAGCUGGAGGCACAAGACUUCCCGAACUCCCUGCCUGCCAUGCGCCAGCUACUGGUGGCCUUUGCCUCCUUCCGCACCCAGGAGAAGCCACCGAGGCUGCAGCAGCGAGUGGCUGCAGAGGCUCUGCUCUUCCAGCUGCAGACAGCGCUCCGAGCCCAGAACCGUAGGCCCUUCCUGCCUCACCAGGGCCUGGGCCCUGCAGACCUGUCCCAGCGCUGGGCAGGCCUGGAGCGGGCAGAGGCCUCAAGGAGCCAGGGCUUGCAGCAGAAACUCCUGCAGCUAGAGCGGCUGGAAACCCUGGCCCGGCGCUUCCAGCGUAAGGCGGCCCUCCGGGAGAGCUUUCUCACAGACACAGAAAAGGUGCUGGACCAGGCCACAACCCCACCCACCAGCCUGGUCACAGUGGAGGUGGCUGCCCAGAGACUGAGCAUGCUGGAAGCCAGCAUCCUGCCCCAGGAGGGACGCUUCCAGGCCCUGGCUGAGAUUGUAGACAUACUCCAGCAGGAGCAGUACCACAGCUGGGCAGAUACGGCCUGCAGGCAGCUGGAGAUCACACGGCGCUGGGAGCAGAUCCUUCAGCAUGUCCAAGGGCAAAGGAAGUGGAUGGCGGACAUGCAGGCUGUGCUACGCCUGCUGCAGGAGGUGGAGACUGCCUCCAACCAGCUCAAGGAGUUGCAGGUGCUGGCCAGCUCCACCGUCUGUGGUCAACAGCUGGCAGAGGUAGUGGAGCUGCUGCAGAGACAUGACCUGCUGGAAGCCCAGGUCUCUGACCACGGAGCCCACGUGAGCCACCUUGUCUAUCAGACUGCAAAGCUGGACUCCUCCCUGGGUACUAGCGUGGAGGAGCUACAGGCCCAGGCCCAGGCGCUGGCCCAGCUCCACCAGAGCCUGGUAUCUCUUGCCAGGGCCAGGCGGACCUUGCUGGAGCAGACCCUGCAGAGGGAGGCAUUCCUGUGUGACUGUGAGGAGGAGGAAGCCUGGUUGAGGGAGCACAGACGGCUGGUGGAAGAUGUGGCCCUGGGCGGGGAUCUUGGCCAGAUUGCUGCCGCCCUGCAGAAACACAAGGCCCUGGAAGCUGAGCUCCGCUGCCACCAGGCUGUGUGCACUGAUCUCAAGCAGAGGGGACGUGACCUGGGUGCCCAUGGGCUGCUGGAUCCCCAGGAGCGGGCCGGGGCGGUGCAGUACGUGUGGCAGCAGCUCCGGGCCCGGGCGGCACUGCGGGGUGCGCGGCUGCAAGCAGCCCUGCUGGUCCAACAGUACUUCGCAGACGCAGCGGAGGCAGCCACGUGGUUACAGGAGCAGCGGGUGGCACUGGAGAGCUUGUCCUGCGGGCAGGACCAGGCAGGCGCCGAGGCCCUGCUGCUGGACCACCUUCGGCUGGAGCGCACGCUGUGCUCCUUCAGGGCAGAGCUGCAGGGGCUGGAUGAGCAGGCGCGGGCAGCUGCUGCGCGGGCAUCACUCACGGUGGUAUCUGCCCUGAGCUCUCCAAGGGAAGGUCCCAGGAACCUGGGGGCCUGGCAUGAGGUUUCCUGCUACUCUGGCCCCCAGGGCGUCAAAAAGAUGGCCCUCCCAGCUGAGCCUGAUGCUGACUUUGACCCCAACACCAUACUCCAGACACAGGACCACCUGAGCCAGGACUAUGAGGGCCUGUGGGUGCUGGCAGAGCACCACAGGGCCCGAUUGGAGGAGGCAGUAGCUCUGUUUGGUUUCGAUGGCUCAUGUGAGGAGCUCCAGUCCUGGCUGGAAGACCAGACAGCGCUGCUCCAAACACUGCAGUUCCAGGCUGACAGCUUGGAGAUCAUGCAGCUCAAAUUUGAGAACUUCCUCACCUCCCUGGCUGUGGGAAAGGGACGCUGGGCUGAGGUCAGCAGCUCUGCUGAGCAGCUGAAGCAGAGAUGUCCUGGAUACUCCCCCAAAAUCCAGCGACAGCAGGAGGAACUGAGCCAGAGGUGGAGGCAGCUGGAGGCCCUGAAGAAAGAAAAGGAAAUUCAGCUGGCAUGCACCGCAGAUGUAUGCAGUUUUCUGCAGGAGUGUGGAUCCACGCAGGUUCAGCUGCAAAACGUGAUACUCCAGCUGGAAACCCUGGAGCCAGGGCACCCAGAGGACCACCACCGCAUCCUACAACUGGCCCAGCAGAAGAUGCUACCGCUGGAGAGGACCAUCUACUACCUGCAAAGAGUAGCCAUAAAAGUCAAGGACACAGGCUCCAAAGAAAGCCAGUCCCUACAAGAACAGGUGGAGACGCUGCAGGGGCGGCUGGAGGAAGUGCAGAAGCAAGUGGCUCAACAGGCUCAGGCCCAGGCCCAGAUGCAGGCCCGGCAAAGCUUUCUGCAGGAGAGCUGGCAACUGCUGCUGUGGGUGGAGGGUGUCCAGGCUCAGCUGCACAGCAAGGAGGAAGUGGUGGAUGUGGCCUCAGCCCAGCGGCUACUUGUGGAGCACCGAGACCUGCUGGAGGAGAUCCACCUGCAGCAGGAGAGAGAUGAUGGUUCAGGCCUGAAGCUCCAGCAGGCAAGGCAGCAGGACCAGCUCCUGGGGCUGCUACAGGAUGCCAAGGAGAAGAUGGAGCAGCUGGAGGGGGCCCUGCAGAGUACAGAAAUGGGGCAGGACCUAUGCUCGAGCCGAGGGCUGCAGAAACAGCACCACCAACUGGAGAGCGAGAGCCAGGCACUAGCCACCAAAAUGGCUGCCCUAGUCUCCCAGGCCCACCACAUGGCCAAUUCCCAGCCCUUCAUAAAGGAGACCCAAAAGUACCUCCAGAGGUUGGAGUCCCUGCGGGGACAUCUGACCACCCGGCAUCUGCAGCUGCAGGCCUCGGUUGAGCUAUACCAGUUCUAUCACCUGAGCACCAUGGAGCUCACGUGGGUAGCUGAGCACAUGCCCAUUGCAAGCUCUGCCAGCUCUAUCAAAUGCUUGGAUGAUGCCCUGAGCCUUCGUCACAAGCACAAGGAGCUCCAGGCAGAGGUGAAAGCCCACCAGGGACAGGUGCAACAGGUGCUGGGUUCCGGACAGAGCCUAGCAGCCUCAGGGCAUCUCCAAGGCCCGCAUAUCACGGAGCAGUGCCAGAAGCUGGAAGGCCGCUGGGCAGAGCUGGAGCAGGCAUGUGAGGCACGGGCCCAGUGCCUGCAGCAGGCUGUUGCUCUCCAGCAGUAUUUUCUAGAUGUGUCAGAGCUGGAGGACUGGGUAAAGGAGAAGUGGCUGCUGGUGAGCAGUCAAGACUAUGGCGGAGAAGAGGCAGCCACCAUCAGGCUCAUUGAGAAGCACCAGGCCCUGAAACAGGAACUGGCUCUUUAUUGGAGUUCCAUGGAGAAACUUGAUCAGAGGGCCCAAGCCCUCAGGUGCCCUGAGGCUCCUGAGCAGCUGGGCAUGGUGCAGGAGAGGCUCUGGGCGCAGCUGCGGGCACUGCAGGAGUUGGCAGCCACACGGGACCGGCAACUGGAGGGGACCCUGAAGCUGCAUGAGUUCAUGAGGGAGGCCGAGGAGCUGCAGAGUUGGCUGGCUGCCCAGACACAGGCAGCCAGAACGGGAGAGAGCCCCGGAGAGGACUAUGAGCACAUCCUGCACCUCUACACCAAGUUUACAAAGUUUCAGCACCAAGUGGAGAUGGGCAGCCAGCAGGUGGCAACCUGCCAACAACUGGUGAAGAGCCUGCUGGAGCAUGGGCACAGCACUGCCCCCAAGGCCUGUCAGAAGCAGCAGGAUCUUCAGGCUGCCUGGUUGGAGCUGUGUGAGCUGACCCAGGCCCGAGGCCAGCUGCUCCGAGAUGCUGAGAUCACACUCAGAGUACAUAGAGAUCUGUCAGAAGUCCUGACCCAGGUCCAGGAGAAAGCCACAAGCCUCCCCAGUGACUUGGCCCAGGACCUGCGUGGGCUGGAGGUCCAACUGAGGAGACACGAGGGGCUGGAGCGUGAACUUGUGGGCACUGAGCGGCAGCUGCAGGAACUGCUGGAGGCUGGAGACCCGGUGCAGAAGCUGGGUCCCAGGCCUCAGGCCCAUGCAGUGCAGCAGAGGCAGCAGGCUCUGGUGCAGGCCUGGGAGGCCCUGAAGCUACGCAUGGAACAGCGCAGGGCCCAGCUGGAGCAGGCCUGCCUCCUGGCCCGCUUCCACACAGCGGUGCAAGAAUACAUGUCCUGGGCAGCCCGUGUGUGGCAGGAGCUACAGGUUGAGGAGAGCUUCCAGGAGGCCAGCAGUGGCCCAAUAAAGUUCAAUGCCCACCAACAGCUUCGGGCAGAGCUGGAGGCCCAGGAGGAACUAUACCAGCGGGCCACCCAGCUGGGCCAGCAGGCACUUCUGGCUGCAGGGACACCCAUCAAGGAGGUCCAGGAAGGGCUGCGAGGCCUGCAGGACAGGCGGGAGCAGGUGUUCCAGGCCUGGGAGCAGAAGCAAGAGACGCUGCAGUCCAUGCACCAGGAGCAGCUCUUCCUCAGAAAAUGUGGCCACCUGGAAGAGAUCCUCACAGCGCAGGAGGCCUCCCUGAAAACCAGUGUCCUGGGGAGCUCAGUGGAAGAGGUGGAGCAGUUGAUCCGGAAACAUGAGACCUUCCAGAAGGUGCUGACCGCCCAGGAUGAGAAGGAGGCAGCUCUGCGUGAGCAGGCAGAGACACUCCGGGGCCCCAGGGUGCAGGACCUGCUCCACACAGUGCUGAAGCAUCGGGCUCGAGUGAAGGAACUUGCAGAAACCCGGAGACAGGCCCUGCACACCUCCCUGCUGAUGGCUGGCUUCACCAGGGCUGCAACCCAGGUCAAGGACUGGAUCCAAGAACGGAUCCAGCAUUUGGAAGAGCCACUGCCUCCUGGGAAAGAUAAGUUGAGGCACCUGCGGAAGCACCAGACCUUCAAGGCUGAGGUCCAAGCCCAUGAAGAUGUCAUUAUCACUAUCACCAAGGAGGGCGAGGCUCUCCUGGCACAGAGCCACCCUUGGGCAGAAGAGGUCUCCCAGAGACUGCAGGCGCUGCAGGAGUGCUGGGAGAAGCUGAGGCAGGCAGUGGCCCUCCAGGGCCAGGACCUGGAGGACACGCAGAACUUCCUGGAGUUCCUGCAGAGAGUGGACCUUGUGGAGGCCUGGAUCCAGGACAUGGAGGUGAUGGUGAACAUCGGUGACCUGGGCCAGGACCUCGAGCACUGCCUGCAGCUCCGCAGACAGCUCCGGGAGCUCCGAGGAGUCUGGGCUGGGGAUAUGGUGGAUGAUGCCAACAUCAGAAGCAUCAACAACUUGUCACUGCAGCUCAAGAACAGGGACCCUGAGCAAGUCAAGACCAUCUGCCAGCGGCGACACCAGCUCAACAACAGGUGGCACAGUUUCCAUGGCAAUCUGCUCCGCUACCAGUGGCAGCUGGAAGGGGCCCUAGAGAUACACACAUUGUCCCUGGAGCUGGAUGGCAUCACUGAGCAGAUUGGGGAGAAGGCCUCCCUGGUCCAGCCCCUGGACUAUGGGAAAGAUCUGGAGAGCGUGCAGAGGCUGCUGCAGAAACACAAGAAGUUGGAGCAGGAAAUGGGCCUCAUCCAGGCCCAGGUGGAGCCCUUAGAGCGUAAGGUGGCCCACCUCUGCCAGAGAAGUCCCUGGGCAUCCCACAGCCUCAGCUGCAAGCAACAGGAGAUGGUGGGCAGCUGGCGGCAGCUCCGGAGUGGGGCCCAAGAGUGGAAGAAGUUGCUAGAUGCCUCACACCAAUCUCAGAAAGUGCUGGCGAUGCUGCAGGAAUUGCUGGUCUGGGCCCAGCAGCUACAGGCUGAGAUGCACACCCAAAGUGCCCCCAGCAGCCCUGCAGAGGCUCAGCGCAUGUUGGAGGAGCACCAGGAGCGCAAGGCCGAGCUGGACUCCCAAACAGACAGCAUCAGCCUGGCCCGGAGUAUGGGGCAGCGACUGCUUGCAGCAGGACACCUGUCCACUGCUGACAUCAGCCAGGCCCUGGCUGGUUUAGACCAGGAGCUGAACAGCCUGGAAGAGGCCUGGCAGGAGCACCAGCUGCAGCUCCAACAGGCCUUGGAGCUACAGUUGUUUCUGAGCUGUGUGGAACAGAUGGAAAGUUGGCUCUGUAGCCAGGAAGCUUGCACAGCCAGAGAGGGCCUGGGGGACCCAUCCGCCAAUGUGGAGACCCUCCUGUGGGAGCACAAAGUGCUGGAGCGGGGCCUGGAGGCACAGGCGGAAAAGAUCAGCGCACUGGAGGCCACAGCGCACCGCCUGCAGUGGGGUGGACACCCUGAGGCUCAGAGUGCCCUGGGCCAGUGCCACGCCAUGCUCCUGAGGAAAGAGGCACUCCUGGAACGAGCCCGGACCCGUCGUCUCCAGCUGGAGGAGCUCCGGCAGCUGCAGACUUUCCUGCAGGAUUCCUACGAGGUGGCCCUGUGGCUCAGGGAGAAGAAACUGGUGGCCCUGGAAGAGGGCUGGCAGGACCCAGCCAUGCUGCAGGCACAGCUGCGGAAACAGCAGGAUCUCCAGGCUGAGCUGGACACAAGCGUGCACCGACAACAAAGGCUGCAGAUGGAGGGGAAGAGGCUACUGCAGGGUGGCCACCCAGCCUCAGAGACCAUCCAGGAGCGGCUGCAGGAACUGGGAGAACUCUGGGAUGAGCUCCAGGCCAACUGCCAGAGGAAGGCAGCCAAGCUACAGGAGGCCUACGAGGUUCUGCGUCUGCGGAGGAGUAUGGAAGAACUGGAGAGCUGGCUGGAGGCCAUGGAGGUCGAGCUGAGAGCUCCCACUGGGGGCCAGGACCAGCUUGGGCUGGAGGAGCUGCUAGGGACUCAGGGAGAGCUGGAGGCAGCAGUGGCCAGGCGGGCCAGGCAGGCACAGAUCCUGCUGGGCCAGGCCCAGGCCUUUGCGCGGGAAGGCCACUGCCUCGCCCGCGACAUGGAAGAGCAGGCCCAGCGGCUGCUUCAGAGGUUGGAGAGCCAGUGGGAACCCCUGCGGGAGCGCAGGACAGCCCUGGAAGCCCAGAGCCGCCUCUUGCAGUUCUUCAGGGACGCUGACGAAGAGAUGGCCUGGGUGCAGGAGAAGCUGCCCCUGGCGGCUGCGCAGGACUACGGCCAGAGCCUGAACGCUGUGCGGCGCCUGCAGGAGAAGCACCAGAACCUGGAGACUGAGAUGAGCAGCCAUGAGGCCCUGACCCGGGCGGUGAUGAGCACAGGGCACAAGCUGGUGCAGGCUGGGCACUUUGCUGCCUGUGACGUGGCUGCCCGGGUGCAGCAGCUGGAGAGCGCCAUGGGCCGCCUGCAGGCAGAGGCUAUGCAGAGGCGGCAGUGGCUGCAGCAGGCGCAGGAGGCCCAGCAGCUCCUGCUGGAGCUCCUGGAAGCAGAAUCCUGGCUGGCCGAACAGGGUUGUGUCCUGGACACUGAGGACAUGGGCCAGAGUACUGAGGCCACGCAGGCCUUUCUGUGGCGGCUGGAGGCCACCAGGAGAGGCCUGGAGGGGUUCAGCACGCGCGUCGAGAGACUUCAGCAGACGGCAGCCCUCCUCGAGCGUGAGCAAAACCCAGAAAGCCCCAAGGUGCUGGCCCGGGUGCAGGCAGUGAGGGAGGCGCAUUCAGGGCUGCUGCAGAGAGCAGAGGGCAGAGGGCAAGGCCUGCGGGAGCAGCUGCAGCUCCACCAACUGGAGCAGGAGGCUCUGCUCCUCAAUGCCUGGCUGGCCAGCAAGGUGGCCACUGCCGAGUCUCAGGACUACGGACAGGACCUGGAGGCCCUCAAGGUGCUGAAAGAGAAGUUUGAUGUUUUCAGAGAGGAAGUUGAGAGCCUGGGGCAAGCCAAGGUGCAGGCCCUGAGGGAGCUGGCAGGAAACCUGGAACGGGCUUCACCCAGGUGCUAUCCUCAGAUUCAAGCCCAGAGGAGUCGCAUCGAGGCCAUUUGGGAAAGGCUGGAUAGGGCAAUAAAAGCCCGCACUCAGAACCUGGCCGCAGCCUGUGAGGUCCGUGGCUUUGAGCAGGCGGUGGCUGAGCUCCAGGGCUGGAUACAGGAAAAGGCCACCCUGAUGGAGAGGGAUGCCUGUGACCAUAGCUUGUCAUCUGUGCAGACCCUGCAGCAACAGCACAGGUUCCUGGAGUGGGAACUGGCAGCUAUGGAGAAGGAGGUGGCACAGGUGCGGACAGAGGCCUGCCGACUGGGCCAGCUACACCCUGCGGCUCAGGAGAGCCUGGCUCAGCAGCUGGCCGAGGUGCAGGAGGCCUGGGCCACCCUGGGUGCAAAGGCCCAGGAGCGAAGCCGGCAGCUGGAGCAGGCUGCCCAGGGCUGCACCUUGCUUGGACGCUGUCGAGAACUUCUAGCAUGGGCUCAGGAGAAGCAGGCACUGGUGUCCUCACAGGAGCUGGCUGGGGACGUGGCAGGGGCCGAGCAGCUCCUAGGGCAGCAUGAGGAGCUAGGGCAAGAAAUCAAGGAGCACUGCCUUCAAGCCCAGGAUGUAAAGCAGGCGGGGCAGCAGCUGGUGGAUAAUGGCAACUUCAUGUCCCUGGAGGUGACAGAGUGUCUGCAGGAGCUGGAAGGACAGCUGCAGGUGCUGGAGGCAGCCUGGGCCCUGCGCUGGGAACGCUGCAAAGAGAGCUGGGGCCUGCAGAUGCUGCGGCAGGAGCUAGACCAGGCCGAGGCCUGGCUGGCUUCCAGGGAGGGCCUCCUGCUGGACCCCAACUGUGGGAACUCGGUGUCUGACGUGGAGUUGCUGCUUCUCAGACACCAGGACUUAGAAAAGCGGCUGGCAGCCCAGGAGGAGAAGUUUGUCCAACUGCAGAGGAAGGUGGGGAUGGAACAGGAGCUGCCGCAGCAGGGGAAAGGGCUAAAACCUGGAAGAGUUGGCCGUGGGCUGACCUCCCUCCAGCAUAGGCCCCUUGGAAGCUGGUGGCGCGGAGCACGGCCGGCUGAGACAAAGGAUCUGCAGUCAGGUGUCCCUGUCAUGCAGCACAUACCCUUGGCCACCAUUGUCUCCCCGGAGCAGGCAGCCAGGCAGCAGGAGACCAGUGGGGCCGUCAGGGAUGUGAAGGGUGCCCGCACCAUGGAAGGGUCUUUGGAGCUUGCGCAGCAAUUCCUGUCUGGGGGAAGGCAGCCCAGCUCAAGUCCCUGGGAUGGCUGCUUUGGGACCUUGGGGGACAGCUCCCUGAGCCUGUUCCAGGAUGAGAGGACAGCAGCAGAGAACGUGGCUUUCACGUCCACCCUUGACCUUGUAGGAGCCCAGUGUGAGAGGCCAAGCGACUGCCAUGACAGAAAACACACUUUCUCCUUAAGGCUGAGCAGCAGAGCAGAGAUCCUGUUUGCAGCACCAUCAAAAGGGCAGGGCGAGAGAUGCCAUCCAGCCCUGAGCAGCAAAGCAGUUCUGGAGACCGGGAAGUCCAAGAUCAAGGCACCAGCAGACUGGGUAUCUGCCCACAAUCUGAGCCCAGAGCUCAGAGCCAGACCUCUGGACUUCCCAGCUGAGCAUGCUGCUGAGGGGGUGCCCAGCACAACUGCUCCACUCAGAUUCCAUGGCUGUCCCCUACCUUCCUCACUGAGGGAGACACACGUGAGCAUUGACAGCCACCCACAGCCCUUGGCGCUCCCGCAGAUGGCUAGCCCUGCAGAGGAAACUGCACAAGGCUCCCAACCACCUUUCCUGCCAGGCUCGACCCGAGGCGUAGGCCCUGACGUGAACCCUGAGGUGGCACCAAACCUCAGGGCUACAAGUGAGAACACCCGCUAGGGGACCUGAACAAGAAUCUGCUACCAAGCCCCUCAGAACCAACUUCGGGAACAGACGGUUCCUUUUUAAGAGACAGGACCUCCCACCCCCAAAGUCACAGCUUGGUGAAGCUACGGCGCUGGUAUCAUUGGCUCAUCUGGUUCCCGGUGUGGCCACCCAUACAAUGGGACAGGAAGCAGCCCUUCGACUGAGUCCCUGGCUACACCCCGAGGCCUGGGUAAGGAGGACAGGGGUGCUUUCAUUGCCUGUAAGGCUGCAGCAGUGGAGACCCCCAAGCCAAACUGGCCUCCUGCCGGUUUGGAAGAAUGGUCCAAAGGAGGGCAGACGCUACCGGAAGCAGAUGGCCCAUACUUCAGGGGAAACCCAUGCUGACUCGAUAGCUCUGUUAGCCUGGGGAGACAUUUUCUUAGACCAGUGUAACCAAGAGCCCUUGGCAGCAGUGACAGAAUCUCAGAUAAUGCCUCACGUUUGUAUGAGCUGCUGUAAUACAUAAUGUGCUCUA